AUGGCUCUUUCAUUAUUAGUUGUGAUUAAUGUACUGUUUCAUUUUCUGCUACUAUCUCAUCAACUUGUUAAUUCUAUGCAGCCUUCUUGCCAUGAUGAGGAGAGAAAUGCUUUGAUACAAUUCAACAAAAGCUUUAAAUUAGAUUGUCAGAGUAGACCUAAUCCCUAUUUGACUAUAGUUGUCCAUCCAAAGACAUCGUCUUGGGGAUCGAAUAAUGGUACCAACUACUGCUCGUGGGAUGGUGUUGAAUGUGAUGUGGAGACUGGUCAUGUCAUUGGUCUUUACCUCGAUAGUUCAUGUCUCUACGGCUCUUUCCACUCCAACAACACUAUCUUUCACCUUGUUCAUCUUCAGGAGCUUGAUCUUAGUUAUAAUAACUUCACUUUCUCUCCAAUUCCCACUGCCAUGGGCUUUUUUCCGGAGUUGAAAUCUCUUCGCUUGAGUUCUUCUUUCUUCCAAGGUCAGAUUCCAUCUCAACUUUCACUUUUGUCUAAGUUGUCUCACCUUGACCUGUCAUAUAACACUGGUGUUAACGAUCCAUUUGUAGUUAAGAAUCUUUUGAAACUUAAAAAUCAUAAUCUUGGAAGCCUAGUCCAAAACUUGACUGCUUUGGAUUUUUUUUUUUCUAAAUUAUGUGGACAUGGGUUAUGA